GGUAACUCGAAAUGGAAGGGGGAGCUCCUGCAACUCCGCAGGUGAAACCUUCUCUCGAAUAGAAUCGGUCGUUCAGUCGCGCUCGCGCGAUCGCGUACGACGAUAAUUUAAUCUGCGCGCGUGCGCGCCCACUAUAUCGAAAAAACGACAACACAACAAUAAUCCAAAAGAAAGAAAAAAAGAAAAAAAAAUAUAUAACAAUAGGAAAAUAGCAUACACCGAUAAAAGGAUAUUACCACGUUUUCGUUUAUACCGAUCUCUUUCAACAAUUGUGCAUCAAUCGUCAUACACACAUAUACAUAUAUAUAUAUAUAUAUAUCCUAUGUGAUUUUGUGUUCAACAUUAUUUUCUAUCGAAAUUUUGAUUUUAAUCGAAGAACACGCAUAGGAGAUAUUCAUGGAAAAGAGGUCAGUGCGCCAUGCGAUUGCCAUAGCAGUCUGAGGAUACCGAGAGGUGAGACGAGGAAAAAGGCGUAGGAGUUAGUUGCCUUGGGGGAAGAACAGCUCGAAAAGUCAAAAUGCUGUCGAGGUAUAGAACCCUGUUACUCUGGCUGACAGUGCCAUCGAUUGUCCUAGCACAGAGUAAUUAUGCAUCGCAGGGUAACAGCAUCGAAUAUCAACCUGGAUUACCACCGAGCACUGUUCUCAAUGGCAAAGUUACCAAACUUGACGACAUAUCUUCCAUAAUAUUUCUCAAUCGUACUAAGGCAUAUUUGAAUUGUGCCCAGGGUAGCAUGGAUGUCGAGUUGAAGUUCGAUGAACCUUUUUACGGUGUAGCGUAUGCGGAUUUCGAUCGGAACAGUGCGUGCAUGGUUAAAGGUCGUGGUUUGGCGAACGCUAAAUUGGAAUUACCAUUGAAAGGAUGUGGUACCAGACAGGAUCCCCAACGAGUAUUCACCAACAAUAUAGUCGUACGUUUUCAUCCUGGAUUAGAAAUGGAUGGGGAUGAAGUUAUUACGAUAAUUUGUAGAUAUCCUCCACCAAUCGCACCGUCAACACCUGCCCCACCUGCCAGCAUAAUGGGUACAAUAGCCCCAGCAGCCGUGGAAGAACCCCCAUUGAAAGGAUUCCAAAUUCUUUUGAUCAUCUGUGCUAUUUUGUUCCUAUCUUUGUUGCUCCUCGGCCUUGGGUGCUCGUACAUGUGUUUAAAACGUAGAAACGUACGAGUAGUUCAUCGUCAUCCGUUUGGUAGUGGUACCGGUUCGGAGAUAACCAAAUUAUCCGGUUCCUCUUUAAGCAACAUAACCAUGUUCGAAGGCCUUAAAAUCCCACGCGCUCACGCACUCCUUCAUACGACAGCAGCCUCCACAUCUGGCAGCGAAGCAAAUUUGGUCAUCGACCAUUCCGACACGUUGCCAAGCGAUUAUCCAAGCGAAAGUCAUUCCGAGAUUUAUUAUGCUCACCAGGUGGACGAGGAACGUUCGCUUCCAGUAUCCUCGGCUGGUUCUUACGACAACAAAGCAUUCGUACAUCAUCACGAAACUCAACGUCAAGUUGAAGUACGUACGACAAGUUCGUUGUAUUCCGAGACGGUAGCUGCCGAAGUAGGAACUUCCUCGAUGAUGGCUGCCAACGCAUCGCGAAUUGCCGUUCCUCGUCACCCAAUGGCAGUCCCGAUCGAGCCGAAAUUCGACGUUCAAAUGCGAGUUAAGAGAGCACCACCACCGCCAUCUAGUCCCUUGCCAUCUGAAUCCGACGUGGCCAGUAUUGCACUAGAAAGAAAUCUUACGACUAUUUUGGAAAGGGAAGAAUCCAUUAUGAGUCGAACUUUGGAAAGUCCACCACCAAGAAUGACUACUUUCUCAUACGUACCGGAAUUGCAUGUUCCACCUGGUGGUACCUCGUCAACGUCUACCGUGUCCCGUCAACAAACACCUCCGGUAUACUCGAGAAUCCUAAGAAAACAAGCGGAAAGAGAGACUACUUCAAGUACAACGAUGAUUCAAGAAAGAAUUCCAUCUCCACCACCUGCCGAACAGUUACCUAUUCUACAUCACGAAAUUCGUCGUCCGCGAUCUUUGACUUCACUGAAUACAGAGUUAACCGAGACACGUUCUCUGACGGAAGUAAUGGAUCAGUCUCACGCAAAGUAUAGAGUUGCCAGUAUUCUUGCACCAACACCACCACCCCCGCCACCGAUCGUGCCAAUUACAACGACUACUCAUACAGCGAUUCAACAUCGCGAACAACAACGUAUUCUUCGUGAGGAAAUGACCGAGCCACUCGUCGAAGCUCAAGUUGUAACACCUAGACGUCCAGAAAUAACGACUCACGAGGUUGACGAUGUAUACUUGCGUACCGUUACCGAGAAGAAAACGAUCGAGGACGUGGAACGUCAUCGCAGACAAGUAACCGAGUACCGUGCCAGACCCCAACAACAAGUUGAUCCCAAAUGGGAUGUUACAAUCAGGAAUUAUCCGACCGAGGAUCUACCACCGCCUCCACCGGAAUGGGAAAGCUUCUCCGACGUUAGUUCAACGUCGAAUUUAACGAUCACGAACGAACCUACGAUACAUCCUAACGAUAUAGUAAACGACGAUGAACCGGAUGUAACAAUAGAACCAACUUACACGGCACGAGCAGAAAUACCAUGUAGACCCCCGGCUCAUUCGACUCAUCGUCGUACGCUCGAUAACGAACCGGACGGACCGACCGAUUGGUUCGCAAGACUUUCUAAAGUAUUAGAGCCACGAUACGCGUCUGAAUUAACUGAAGAUGAACGAGCUAAAUGGCGCGAGAUCAUCACGACCGAGAGUACACUUAGAACACUUUUAACAGAAGCAGUAGUUAGAGAAGAUUACGAAUUGAUACGAAAGGAUGCUAGGUACACGAAUCUAUUCCCCCCUGCUAAAUGGGACGUGAUCAUUCGUAUUCUUGGACCACCAUUGGCCCACGCCGGUUCUACCUCGUCGUCGAGUUUGCACGGCAAAAAUCAUGGCCAGAGAUACAAAAGGUCCAAAUCGUCCGAAUGGGACAACAGAUCACGCAGAUCAUCUUUACCAACUUUAUACGAAUACGAGAGCGACGGUGGUAGUUCCCAUCGUAGUUUGACCAAUCAGAGUCAUCGUUUACAAACGUCUCAAUCGGCUACAACAAUGGCCGCCGGUUCUAACGUAGGACGUCUUCGCCGAUUGGGUAGUACCAGUCACAGAGGAGUGGGGGGUGCUGGUAGCGAAGCCGAUUUGAGGUCGAUGUCCGAAAUGACGGUCAGGGAUUUCGCUAGAGUGGACAGAGACGAUUUGACAAGUUUGAGCUCCUUCGAAGGGGGCGCUGAUUCUUUAGUUAGAUCUCUGAGUCAACCAAGUUUGGCAAGAUCCGGUUCGGAAUUCACCGAACAUUGGGGCAUGCCCUCGGCCAUCUUGGAUCUUCCACAUUGGGCUACAGAAGGCGACGAAGGUGCCAGUUCGGUCGAAACAACACCGAGAGUUGUUAGAAGAGGCGACCGAAUCGAAGUUUUGGCAUCUUUCGAUGAACGUAGACGUAAUGGAAUACAACACGGUACUAACACUGUCGCCAGAACAUCUUCGAGUAGAUUCGUCGAAAGGGAAAUCAACAGCGUUCGCAUGACCGAGAGUCAGAGAGCUUCUAAUUGGUUCCACGACGAUUCGGAACCCGAGAUGCAGAUAUAAAUUUGAUGGAUUAGUAAUUGGUGGCUGGAAAUUGUGCUUCUCGAGAAUCGAAAUACCGAAAUAAUUCGUUAGGUCGGUCUCGUUAUUACUAUUAUCAUUAUUAUUAUUAUAUAUAAAACUAAACUCUUUUGACUAAUUGAUCUCUCACGAUUCGACAUGAAAACGAUACUUUAAAAACGAGACUACGAAGACCAACGAUCAACGCGAAUGAUAUCAGCCGUGUUUUUUCAAUUGUGCCGUCCUUGCAUUUAGUAUAUAAACCCUUUUUUUGCAUUUUAUCUUUUUCUAUACUCACGUCCUUUCUUUGACCGUUCCUUUAUAACAAGUUCUCUUUCUCUCUUUUCAAAUACUUCAUUUACUUUCAUUCAUUUAUCUCUUAUCGCGGAAUAAUUUUCUAAAGUAUUAAUUAUACGCGUAACUAAUUGAAAUGAAUUUAACGUUUAAGAGAGAGUGAGAGAGAAAGGGGGGAUAGAAUUAGUCAAGUGUUGCGAGAAAAUAGGGGUGUGACACUCGAGAAUUCUCUCUGACACUGCCCUUCACGUUCAUUGCCUCGCACUCGAGGAUCUAACCCUUUUGCCUUCUCGCGUUUAACUUCCAAAGGAAGGAAUCUCUCAUCCCAAUUAAGAAAUUUCUAAUUCACCGCGAGAUAAACUUUGUAUCGGGAUAUAGAAUCUCAUUUCUCGUCGAUUGAAACCGUGAAAAUCUGUCGUGAAACGAUGUUACAAAAGACAAUUGCCAUUCUCUUCACUGGCCCCACUCGAAACUUCUAAGGGUCUGUUAUAAUACUCUACGUGUAUAAGUAAGAUAGGGUAGUUUAGGGUUUCAACUCUUUAACAACUAUUACUGUAUAUCACGUUGACCGUAAUCAAACGAGUGGGAUUGGAGAAUUCGGCAAAGUUUCGUUUGAAUUUUCCUCUACGAACGAACGAACGAACGAAAAAUCAAAGCUACGAUUGUUCAAUCAUUUUUAACGAUAAUAAAUAAAGAAGAAUUAGAGAGAGAGAGAGAUAGAAAUUGAAAACAUUGACAAAUUAAUGAAACAAACAAUAUUAACGCGUAAGAGAAGAAAUUAAUUUAUCGAUUAAUCGAUAGAAUUGCAAUUUGUCUUCUUUGAAUUAUUUGAUUAUAAUAAUCAAUAGGAACACGCGAGAUAUAUGUGCGUGUGCGUGUUAUAUACGAUACUAUAUAAAAUUCUACUUUCGUCAUAUCCUACGGAAAUCUAUAAUUACUUAUUUUCUUUUUUUCUUUAUUUCAUUUUUAACACAAAACAAUAGACACAUCCUUUGUGGAAACACGGGGAAUGAUUUUUCAAAUCGUAAAUCGCGUUACGUGUUUCGUAUGGAUCUUAUCGAAAUACUCUCUUCCUCUAUAUACUUAUAUAUAUAUAUUUUGGUAUAAGUGUGUCCUCGCGGCAUAGAAUCCUUCAGGACAGUUUUGCAGACAUUUCGGAACACACGGCUGCACUAUCCCGUUGCUUGUCAAACUUCCCUCCUUCUCUUUCACCUCUUCCUCCUCCUUCUUUUACCACAAAAUUCUUUUAAGCGUUCUACCAAGCACGAGAAAUUUUCGAGAGAUGCGUCAGAAGCAUAAGGGUGGGAUAAUGCGAAACAUCUUCUUCUUCUUAUUAUUUUUUUUUGUUCCUUUGCGACGAAGACUUUCUUUUGGUUGUAAAAAGAAAAAAAAAGCGAUUAAAACAAAAAAGAAACAAUUAUUAAGCUAAUGUUUCUUUAUUGGAAACUGUAAAUACGUGAUAGAAAAUUGUCUAUGAUUGAUUAUUUCAAUGACGUAAGAAUAAUCUUGAAAAUAAAAAGAGAAAGAGAGAGAGAUAGAGAGAGAUAGAGAGAAAGAUAAAAAGAGAAAGUAGGAUUUAAUGAAAGUAGGUAAAUUCGUAAACGCACAUUGGUCAGACACCGACGAUAUGGCUGCGAUAAUAAUCUACUUAAGUAGGUAAUGAAACUUACGGUGCUGGGUCAUACGCUUCGUAACCGAUAGCUAGAUUUUUCCCUUUUCUUUUAUUUUCUUUUUUUCUAAUUUCCAACAAAUCCCUUUUUCCCUGUCCUACCCUGUUCACCCCUUUCCUUUUUCUAUAAAUUAAUCCACUCAUUCGGUGUAUCGUUGUCAUUGCAACGAUAUAUUUGCGCAUAGAUAAACUGCAUUGACAAUUUCAAAGUAUUUCCCGUUAAUACGUGUUCUAUAUGUGUAUCUUUAGUUUUUACGUAUUAUUAAAUUGUAUUAUUUCGACUCACAUAAAAGAUAAAAUACCUCUCUUUAAUGGAGAUUAAUAAAUUAUCGAUAACACAUUGACCACCAUUUUUCACAACAGAUAAUAUACUUGAUAAUUUCUUAAAAAACAAACUAAACAAAUCUUCUUUAAAGAGAGAAAGAGAGUGUGUGUGUGUGUGUGUGUGUGUGUGUGUAGUAACAUACGAAGAGAUACGACGUAAUCGUCGAUUAGAUAUUAUCGAUGAAAAUCUAAAUUAAAUGAUACUUUGUUUUUUCGAUAUUCGAUUUUUUGAGGUUAGAAUAUGAAAAAAAAAACAAAAUGGCGGAAUGAAGGAAGCUGCUCUCUUGCCGAAAAUUAAUGACGUUGAAACAGGUGCUAUCGCGGGUGUAAAUGUGGGUUAGAAACAAGACAAAACAACAAAAAUUCAUAAAUAUCGAUCGUAAAAGAAAAUAUAGGAAAAUAUAUAGAAGAAAAAGAAAGAGAGAGAGAGAGAGAAUAAAAACAUACGUCAUGUCUUCCAUUGUUUUAUUGUUCAAGCAGCGAUAUUUAGAUGAUUAGGUUUUCUUUAAAAAAAAAUAAAAAAUAAAACGAUAUAAAUACUAAUCUUUAUGAUACCUUCGGUGUCAAUAUAGGUGUCUACUUGUUAAAUUAAUUAAGAACCAAGCGAGAUCACUUUCGUUUUCUUCCGUUCGUCGUCGUACGGCCCGGAAUCUCCUUUUAAGAAAAGUACUCGCUCGAUGUAUCGACAUUUUUAUUGCCGAAUAAACUUUAACGAUGCUUUUACUA